GCUACAUUGCUGAGAACCUUCAGCAGAGAAUAAUUAUUCUUCAUGUCAAAAAAUCGCAAAAGAGAUAUGGAUAUAUAUAAGAACGGCUCUGUGUCAUGAUACGGCUAAAAAGUUAUGUCUUUCAAGAUGCGGCAAAGAUACAUAGCCCGUGAAGGAGGUCAGCAGGUUACCCAACGGGGAAACUACUACACUCUCACCGAAGUGUUAGACAUCACUGUGACUCCGGACGCUGGAGCUGCCAAAUACUGGUCUAGCACGGGCUACAAUUCUUUUGGCGAGCCAAGCAACCUUAAAGCUGAUGGUGGUGUUGAACACAACGGGGGAGGCGGCCCGUACUGGUAUGCGGCCGCUGAGCCUACCCAAGGCGCCCCCGUUACCCUGAGUGCAGAGAAAUCAGAUGGAGCUCAGCGUGUAGUUCUCGUGUGGAAGUCCAGUUAUUAG